AAGAGGAAGUUGCGACUAUUGAGGACCAUUUAGAGACCGCUCUUUUCCGGUGCUUUGAGCGCUACAGCUAGGACAGUUAGCUCAUAUGAAAAGUACAAAUACAAGUAUAAAUAUCACUCCCUUCGAUUUAAGGCAAACUAAAAUGCAGAAUCGCUGCGCUGCGCCCAACUGUCCCAAUGCCAAACGGGACUCCUAUUCACUCUUCCGCUUCCCGCUCGACGCAGAAAGACAGAGCAUGUGAAUGCAGCACCCACUUUUCAUCAAUAUAAUGCACUGUAACUCUGAGGUGUAAAACAUGGGUGGAAAAAUGCCAGCGGGAAGAUCUUGCAGGCAAAUCCCCAGAGCAGCUGUUCAGAUACUACAGACUUUGUGGGAAGCAUUUUGAAAAGUUGACUGAUAGCAGUGACCAAAGCAUCGUGAUGAAGGAUGAUGUCAUACCGACUAUUUUUAAUGAACCCGACAAACCUCCAAAAAAAUCCACGAAGCGCAGUAAAGAGACGGAGGAAGACGCAGAGAGUAAUGGAGGAAAAAAACUCAAAGAGCCCCAAGAUGACACAACUACGGAGGGUCCUCAGGCCUCUUCGAAUGAAGACAAACAGAAAGAAUAUCUCACAUUGUUAUUUGAGGCCCUUGUACUUUUAGGAGAGCAGAACAUUCCUGUGACGAUGUCCGAUGGUAAUAAACGGGACACAUUAAGCAAUUUUGAGGCGUUGCUCCAGUAUCGCAAGAGUUGUGAAGAUGAAGCGAUGAAGAAAAUGCACGACACCAAUACAGAGUGCUGUUCAUCGCUUCAGCUGAGUCAGCUGACUGAAGCGUGCGAAAGAUGCAUCCGCCGUAAGGUGAUAGAGGAAGUGAUGCAAAACGGCUUGUUCUCAAUUAUAACUGAGGAUUUGGUAAAGAUUUCAGAAGGUUGGUUCCUCCCUGUGUUCUUGCGCUAUGUGGAUCAGUCUAACCAUCAAUGUGAGAGGUUUGCUGGCUUCUUGUCUUUUGAUGGAGAUGCGGAUGUUUUGGCGGAAAAACUGUUGUCUGAAAUGGUUGAUGAAUGGGGUUUGAACAUGGAGCAGUGUAGAGGCCAAGCCCACUCGUGCUCCUGGACACACAUAACUAAAGUCAAAGCAUUUGCCACCAAAGUGAUGGAGAAGUAUCCGCUGACGGUGCUCACAUUCCGACCCACCCACGCCUUGAACAUAUCGCUAGCCAAUGGUAUGGCUUUGUCGGGAGUCCAGCUCGUCAUGUGCACCUUGGAGAAAAUUGAAUCUUUCUUCAAUCACUCCUCGUUACUGUGCUUGGAGUUGGAGCAUGCCAUCUCCAUCAUCUACCCCGACAAAGAAGAAAAGGUCCUGGAACUGAAAGAGAUUUGCAGCACCAGCUGGACUAGAAGACACGAUGUGUUUGAGGUGGGAGUGGAGCUCGUCGAGGCUUUGCUGCUGUGUGUGGACAGUGUACACGACAACGAAGACUUGCGAUGGAGCGAUACGAUCACGUAUAAUGCCUUGGAGAUCUCGAAAGCUCUGGCAGAUUUUGAGUUCAUUAUGGCUUUGGUUGUUCUGAAAAACACCAUGACGCUUUUAAAGGCCUUUGGGAGGAACAUUCAAGGGGAUGCAACUAACACCCAUUUUGCAGCCAACAGUGUGAAAGCAGUAUUACAUUCUCUUAAGGAAGUGGCCGACAAUAUCGAGGUGUAUCAUGAGUUCUGGACAGAGGAGGCGGUCAACCUUGCUGCUACCAUGGAGAUUGCAGUAGAACUUCCUCGGUCAAUCUUGAGGAAGCAUCCGUCCGACUUCCUUCAACCAGAGAUGUACUACAAGCAGCACCUAGCCAUUCCUGUAGUGCAACACGCGCUCAACGAAGUUGGCGAACUCUUCACCGAUGACCACAUGAAGGCUCUGAGAUGCUUGUCACUGAUUCCCUCGGUCAUAGAAGAGAACAAGGCCACUCAGCCCGAGGAAGAAAACAUGCUGGCGUUCAAAAACGACAUACCGAACGCGGCUUCUCUCACCGCCGAGCUACAUUGUUGGUGGGUUAAAUGGAGCAAAAAAGUUAAAGGAGAAACCCUGCCUUCUAGCCUGCAUGAAACACUGCAGCAAGCGGACCUCAAGUUUUUCCCAAACAUGCUUGCACUCUUGAGACGUUUGGGCGUCGUGCCUACAUUAGCUUUGGAGAGCAAUUUGAAUGCGGCAUACGAGCGCUUCAAGGCAUACAUGGAAAACACUCCUGACAUCGCUAAAUCCAAGAGUCUAGCUUUUCUGAAAAUCAAUAAUGACAUUGGCUAUGAUUUGGAUUCAAUGGUUGAAGUCUAUAUGAAGAUGUACCCUGGUGGUGACGACUCUUCAUAGUUCUGACUUGAUCUGCAAUUUAGUCACGUGGUCAAACUUUUGGGCUUUCAGGCCACUUUUGAUGUUUAGCAGUAGCAAACAAAAGUUAGCUUGUAAGUAAAAAAGUAUAAAUUACAAUUCAGGUGGUCCUGGUUUUAAAGGGAAAAUAAACCUUUGGGGGAAUUUUGCCUAUCAUUUACAAUCAUAAAAGACAAAAUUACGUCCUUUUUUUAGGAUUCUAAAGAUAAAAAACACUUGCAAGAUGUAGCUAAUGAGUCACCCUUGUAAGGUGUAACAAACACAUUCAUAACAAUAUGUAAAAUAUUUACCGUUACCGUAUUUUGGUCAUUUUAAGCCUUACCGGAACUUAUUUCCGGGGUGCAUUUAUUUCAGUGCCCAUAGCAACGCACUUUGUACUUACGGCAACAAACGUGUAGUUCUACUUUUUAGACAAAUGAGGAUUUAUAACCUUAUCGUUUUGAAACUGAAUAUACCGGUACUGAGGAUAAACGGCUGGUUAUAGAAUUUAGCGAGCACGAAGUGAGCGUGACAAUGUUGGAGCAGAUGGUAGUCGAGAUAGUCAGGACCGACAUGACUUCACGUUGCAAAUGUGGAACUUUGAGCCAGAAAUGGAGUGCAUACCCAAAAUCAGCUGGGAAAAAAAACUGUCCCCAGCCAGCUUGACCAAUCAGACAACAGUCACUGUAAUACUGAUCCUGAAACAUGCAGCACGCCAUGCUUGUUAGUACAACUACAUACAAUGUUGAGUUAGCUGUGUACAAACAAAACAUGAAAUGUGGGCUAAUACUUUACAGAUACUGUAACCUGACUGUUCAUGUUUUUCAGUCAGUACAGAUUUGUGUCCUAUUGUAUUGUAUUGUGUUGUGCAUUACAAACUCAAGUCAUUCAGCUACUGACGCAAAAGCUAGCUUGCAUCUAAUGCCAUAGCAUGCCGUCAAAGCGAUGUUACUACGCUAGAAAAACAGUUCCUCUGUGUUUGCGCUUACAAAAACAAUGUAUCUACAGCUUGGUUAUUAUACAAGUUACAGAAUGUAACUUUUGUUGGCGGUUUUUGGAUUAUGUUCAAAGUGAUUUAGAGGCAGAAUUGAUUGCUCCCAUUUUGCUGCAUUGCCAGCCACCUCGAGCCGAUUACGUAUUACAAAUUAGAAUGAAAAAAUGUUUUUUUGUUUCUUUCAUGUAUUGUGAACGAUUAGCAAAAUUCCCAAAAAAGUGUGGUUCCCCUUUAAAUGUGAAAGCAUGAAUUAUCAAUACAGUGCGACCUCAGGUUUGUUUAGUGAACCUUUCCAAAAAGUUAGACAAAAAUGAAUUGUACAAAAACCGAAUCAUCUUUCCCAUAAGUAACAAUGCAAUUCAAAUGAUUCCGUUGCAAACACCCAAAAAUAUGAACACACAACACUUUUAGAGAGUGAUUAUAGUUUUGCAUGUAGAGAACCAUGGAAAACAUAGAAAUGACCAAUGCAAUGUAUAAAUGAACAUUAAACAUACCUUUUUGUUGAAGCCUUUUGAGCGGAGAGAUGGAAGAGGAGGGGAGAGCCACACAGAUGCAACCUUAUCUGUACUUAACUACAAGUGCUGCCACUCGCAACUUUCUUUGGUCCCAUGGUGAAUUAUUUUGCAGUUGUACUCAAUAAAAAAGCACAGAGACUGAGUUACCAACGUAUGGAAUUCUUUGUUAUAGGCACUAAAUUCCGCUGAAUGAGUUUGCAUGUUCUCUCCGUGACUGCGUGGGUUCCCUCCGGGUACUCCGGCUUCCUCCCACUUCCAAAGACAUGCACCUGGGGAUAGGUUGAUUGGCAACACUAAAUUGGCCCUAGUGUGUGAAUGUGAGUGUGAAUGUUAUCUGUCUAUCUGUGUUGGCCCUGCGAUGAGGUGGCGACUUGUCCAGGGUGUACACCGCCUUCCGCCCGAAUGCAGCUGAGAUAGGCUCCAGCGACCCCGAAAGGGACAAGCGGUAGAAAAUGGAUGGAUGGAGGAUGCGGGCAAACCCACUACCGUAGUUUGUUACGCGCAAUGUUUGGUUUUAGGAUUACCGAGACGGCAGACAAAAUCUUUGGCAAAUAUUUGCAUUGAAAAACCAAUUCAUACAAAAACCACUCUAUUGUACAAAACAGAUGUGUAAUAGUGUCAUGUAGGGUAUUAAACAAAAAAGACAGUGGAAGUGGAGCAAAAUUAGACCUCGUAAGAUGCUCGGUGGUGAAGUCAACAUUGGCUUUGUGGCCCCUCAAAUGCUGUGACCAUCAUCAAGAAUAAAUAUGUUAU